AUGAAUCAUCAUGAUCUUGGUUCUGUAGCUGGCAGUAGCACAGCUGAUACAACGCCCCCGCAAGCUCAAGAUGCAAUGACUUAUCUGUUUACAUUAGAGGUUAUUGACCUUGCCAGCGGAGAUUCCUACACCCAGACUGAGUUCACUGUCAAUGGCACACAGCCAUCUGCCACAAACCCGAUGGGAAACCCGGCGCUAGGGACUGGUACAACGAGCGGUGGUACCAAUUGGGUCGGAUACCUGACCACUCUAUACAAUGCCUCGCCGGUACUCAGUUACAACUUCGCCGUUGGAGGGGCGACGAUCGACAACUCAAUUGUGGAUACCAAGGUCAAGGAUGUGACUUCGCAAGUCCAAGACUUCGAGUUAGCAUAUGGCAAGAAGCCUGCAUCUGCACCGUGGACGUCAGAAAAUGCGGUUUUUGGGUUCUGGAUUGGAAUCAAUGAUAUCGGCUGGGGUCAUCAAAACACCCAGCCUAGCGUACUUGUGCCGAAACUGAUGGCACAGUACAGAUAUCUCGUUGAAAAGAUAUAUGCAUCUGGCGGACGAAAGUUCCUUUUCCUCAAUGUCCCACCUACAGAUCGGAGUCCUAUGAUCAUCAAAGAGGGACCGGAAGCCGUCAAAACAUAUGCUAUGUGGGUGAAGGCUUACAAUAAUGGCCUUCAAACAUUGAUCAAUGACUUCAAAUUAAGCCACACCGACACUACUAUCGUUCUCUACGACACCUGGUCCUUCAUGCCGAAGAUCCUGGACGACCCUCAGACAUACGGGUUUCCAAAUGCCACUUGUUUCAAUGAAAAUGGCACCUCUUGCAUUUGGUGGAAUCAUUACCACCCUGGGCAGAACUAUCAUAAACUACAGGCAGCGGAUAUGAGACAAUACUUGCAGCCUCUCGGUGCUUGGUAG